AUGGCAGAGGUCAUCUUCGGCGCGGCCCCCGAACCCAAGACGGAGCUCGGGCGGUACCGCAUCCUCUCGUCGACGGCGGGGAUCCGCGUGUCGCCGCUGCAGCUCGGGGCCAUGUCGGUGGGCGACGCGUGGGCGGGCUUCAUGGGCUCCAUGUCCAAGGAGCAGUCGUUUGCGCUGCUCGACCACUUCGCCGAGGCCGGGGGCAACUUCAUCGACACGGCCAACAACUACCAGGCCGAGCAGUCCGAGGCCUGGAUCGGCGAGUGGAUGGCGGCGCGCGGGAACCGCGACCAGAUGGUCGUCGCCACCAAGUACACGACCGACUACAAGUCGUACGCCCUGGGCAAGGGCCGCGCCCCCAACCACUGCGGCAACUCGCGCCGGAGCAUGCGCGUCAGCCUGCGCGACUCGCUGCGCAAGCUGCGCACCGACUGGGUCGACAUCCUCUACCUGCACUGGUGGGACUUCACCACCUCGGUCCGCGAGAUCAUGGACGCCCUGCACGUCCUCGUCCAGCAGGGCCAGGUCCUCUACCUCGGCGCCUCGGACACGCCCGCCUGGCUCGUCGCCGCCGCCAACGAGUACGCCCUCGCCCACGGCAAGACGCCCUUUAGCAUCUACCAGGGCCGCUGGAACGUCAUGCGCCGCGACUUUGAGCGCGACAUCAUCCCCCUCGCCCGCCACUACGGCAUGGCCCUCGCCCCCUGGGACGUCCUCGGCGGCGGCAAGUUCCAGACCAGGCGCGCCAUCGAGGAGCGCAGGCAGCGCGGCGAGGGCCUGCGUAACAUCUUCUCCGCCGACCAGAGCGACGACGAGAGGCGCGUGAGCGAGGCCCUCGAGGCCGUCGCCCGCGAGCUCGGCGUCGAGUCCAUCACCGCCGUCGCCCUCGCCUACGUCAGGGCCAAGGCGCACAACGUCUUCCCCCUCGUCGGCGGCCGCAAGAUCGAGCAUCUCGACGACAACAUCCGCGCCCUGAGCAUCAAGUUGACCCCGGCCCAGGUCGAGUUCCUCGAGGGCGUCACCAGCUUCGACAUUGGCUUCCCCAACGACUUCAUCGGCCCGGACCCCCACGUGACGGGCAAGUUUACCGGGCUGGCGGCCGCCAACGCGCCGUUGCAAGUCGAGCUGGAGCCCAAGCCCGUAGGCCUGGCGUGA